AUGAUGGAAUCGCAGCAGAAUAAUAGGGUUUCGCAGGCGGCGGAGUCUUCCACGUCAGAGACUCCAGGUGAUACAUCAAAUCAGCAUCCACCAGCCACGGUGCUGCUGCAGCCCACCCAAAGCAGCAGCACUCCUUCUUCGAGUCAGCUUCAAAGACCUGGCCUUCAUGGCCCCGACGCCGUUAAACAAUAUCGCUCUCAAGCCACGCUGAUCCCAAAAUUGUCCGAGUCUACCCUCCAGUUGCUUGCUUCCAUUGGCGCUUCAAGUUCUUCCCCGCAGACAAAGGCAGAAGAACCCGGCAGAGCAUUGAGUGAUUCUCCUGCGACAGUCACUGGAAAUUCGUCCUGGAAUCCUGGUCCUGACAGGGCAUCCUCAUUACCGGGCCCUCCAAUGCCAGUCUUGCGCAGUAGAACUAUUGCGCCUCGCCCUUUGGUGCCUGCGCCUGCACCUGCACAAGAAUUUAAAACACCGCUCCAACCGAGACCGGUGCCUGCUCCAGCUUUCAUCAACCUUGCGCCGAAACCCGAUAACUUGCCUGUUGCUGAGCCACCUGUUGUAGAAGAGCAACUUCCAUCGUCGUCCGCUGUUGUCCCGGCACCCCCGCCGAUUUCAACAUUACUAGCAGACCAAUUGACCCCGUUGAAACCGGCUGUACGCAAAACCCCAGUCAAGUCGAGUGCGCGCUCAAGGAAGCGGAAGCGUGUCCGGGGCAGCGAAGAUGAGAUUAAAGCCGGGGACUCGAGUUCGGAUGAUUCUUCGGACGACAUGGUUCCCAUGGCAAGACAAACAAAAUCUGGACGACAGGUAAAUCGGCCUACAUUCUUUGCACCUUUACCCGAGGAGAAAAUAUCAUCGCCAUCAGGCAGUCCGAAUGCUGCUACUGGCGGUACUCCCGUUGUCAAACGACGGAGAAAGGUAUAUCGAAAGAACGGAAAAGAUAUUAAUAUCACUUGCAAGCACUGCCAGAGGGGUCAUAGCCCAUCUACCAACAUGAUUGUCUUUUGUGAUGAAUGCAACGUUGCCUGGCACCAGUUCUGCCAUAACCCUCCAAUCGGUAAAGAGCUCAUCGAAGUCGAAGAAGCACAAUGGUUCUGUGCCGAAUGUCGCCCAGCGAAACCAGUCGCGCUGAUAAAGCUCAAACUGCCCCGGAAUGAUAUCUCAACCCCACCACACCUGUCGAGGCCUCUUGCUGGAGGAGAGCUUUUUACAACGGAGCAGCAACGUGGCUAUUUGUCUAGUCUUUCUCACACCGCUCUCGUUGACAUGUUGGUGAAUCUCUCAGAGUCGAAUCCUGCUUUACCACUCUUUCCGGAGAAUCUUGGUGAUUUAACGGCAUCAAAGUUUGCCAUGUCGCUGUCAAAUAAAACAAUGACGCAGUAUGAGUCCCAGGAGUUGCCACAAGCCAAUGCCCCUGCAAAGGAUACCGUGAAAGAGCAAGUGGCCGAGCCAGUAGCAGUUGAUUCAAAUAAACCAAAAAAGCGUCAUGGAAAGAAAAGUCGCACCGAAGACUCUGACGACUCUGGCUCUGAAUACGAAAUUGAAGAACACCGUCUGUAUCCGCAUCCAGGGAACGGAUUCUGUUUACCGCCAGAAGAAGAUGACCUUGAUAUCUUAUUGGACGACCCUACUUGCCCUACAUUUAGUCACACUAUUCACAAUUAUGCUGAAGGACAUACGCUCGCCAAAGGCUCUUUCACUAUCUCGGUCACAGCUUAA